AUGGCCGACCCCGAGCGACAACCUCUAAUUCGAAGCACGCCAAACACGCCACUGACGCCCCUCCUGCCUUCAGACCGGCGCUUCAUCACGACGCUCCAGCGUUCCGAGGACUUCAUCGCCUGCCACGUGCAGAAGAUCCACGGCGCGGACUCCUGGGUCUGGGGUCUGCGGCACAAUCUACAGCGCUUCCUGUCUUCCAAAUGGGGCCACUACUUUGUGAUUGUCUUGGUCGCGGCCGACAUUUCCUGCAUCUUCGCGGAUUUCCUAGUCAGCUUGCACAUGUGCGAGCACGGCGGGGACACGGGGUUUGAUUUGUAUGCGUGGCGCCAGGUGAAUCAAGUGCUGGGAUACAUGAGUCUGGUAUUUUCCUGUUUAUUUAUGGCCGAACUGCUAGGUAGUGUCUUUGCUUUUGGAUUCCACUACUUCGCCACCCCCUUCCACGCAUUCGACGCCCUCGUCAUCAUCGCUGCCUUCGCCUUCGCCAUCGACCUCGUCCUGCGCGCCGGCCCGCUCGAAGAAGCCGGCUCCAUCGUCGUCGUGCUCCGCCUGUGGCGCAUCUUCAAGAUCAUCGAGGAAUUCUCGUCCGGCGCCGAAGAAGACCAGCUGGCCGAAUUGCAGGAGCGGAUCGAGACGUUGGAGAAGCAAAAGGACGACGCCCUCAAGGAGAACGAACAAUUGCAGAUGCAGUUGCGGGUGAGGUCGCAGGAAGGCAAUGCCAACGGCGUUGGGAACGGGUUCGAGGGCGUGGAUGGGUACGCUGACGGGCAUGCCGCGCAUAGGACCAGGACUGGGACUGGGACUGGGACCGCGACUGCGACUGGGACCGUGCCUAGUAGGGAGGCGGAUGGGGAGGCGAGAUGA